GUCUCCUGAAAAUCAGAAGCCUCCUAAAAAUCAGAAGCCUGAAAAUCAGAAGCCUGAAAAUCAGAAGCCUGAAAAUCAGAAGCCUCCUGAAAAUCAGAAGCCUGAAAAUCAGAAGCCUGAAAAUCAGAAGCCUCCUGAAAAUCAGAAGCCUGAAAAUCAGAAGCCUGAAAAUCAGAAACCUCCUAAAAAUCAGAAGCCUUCUGAAAAUCAGAAGCCUCCUGAAAAUCAGAAGCCUGAAAAUCAGAAACCUGAAAAUCAGAAACCUCCUAAAAAUCAGAAGCCUGAAAAUCAGAAGCCUGAAAAUCAGAAACCUCCUGAAAAUCAGAAGCCUCCUGAAAAUCAGAAACCUCCUGAAAAUCAGAAGCCUCCUGAAAAUCAGAAGCCUCCUGAAAAUCAGAAGCCUCCUGAAAAUCAGAAGCCUCCUGAAAAUCAGAAUCCUCCUGAAAAUCAGAAGCCUCCUGAAAAUCAGAAGCCUCCUGAAAAUCAGAAGCCUCCUGAAAAUCAGAAGCCUCCUGAAAAUCAGAAGCCUUCUGAAAAUCAGAAGCCUCCUGAAAAUCAGAAGCCUGAAAAUCAGAAGCCUGAAAAUCAGAAGCCUCCUGAAAAUCAGAAGCCUGAAAAUCAGAAGCCUCCUGAAAAUCAGAAGCCUGAAAAUCAGAAGCCUGAAAAUCACAAGCCUCCUGAAAAUCAAA